AUUCGCCACUGGGGGUCGCGGGUGAACCAGGCUGGCCAGGAGAGGGCCCGGCUCGGGGCUCCUGCGAAAGGCAGCGCGUUCCCCGCCGCCGCGGGAGGAAUGCGGAACCAGCCCCGUGCAAAGAGCUGCGGCGGCCGCUGCCCGGGCUGGAGGCUGCUCAGCGCCCAGUGAGCAGGAUGGGGAAGCGGGAGCCCUAAGCGCCCUGCUGCCGCCCAGGGGGUCCGCCUUGCUCGUCUGAGCCGGGGCCAGAUGAAGCAGCCCCCGGCGGCGAGGUAGCUUCUCCAGCGCCCCCAGCCCAGCCCCAUGAAGCUCAUCUAGCGGAGGAGGAGGAGAGAAGCCAGAGCCGAGCCCAGCUCACUCGCACCGUCCCCAUGGCGAGGGAGAAGCCCAGGAAGGCUUUGCAGGAGCUGCUCCAGAGACCGGGCAACCAGCUGUGCGCGGACUGCUCCGCACCUGAUCCAGACUGGGCAUCGCAUACCCUAGGAGUGUUUAUCUGUUUAAAUUGUUCAGGAAUCCAUCGCAAUAUCCCACAAGUCAGCAAAGUGAAAUCAGUCCGUUUAGAUUCGUGGGAUGAUGUUCAAGUUGAGUUUAUGGCCGCAAAUGGAAACAAUGUAGCAAAAGCAAGAUAUGAAUCUAAAAUACCACCAUUUUAUUACAAGCCAACAUUUCCUGACUGUCAACUGCUACGAGAACAGUGGAUCAGAGCCAAAUAUGAAAGAAAAGAAUUCAUUUACACUGAGAAGCAAGAGCCUUAUUCUGCAGGGUACAGAGAAGGACUUCUGUGGAAGAGAGGACGUGACAACGGGCAGUUCUUAAGCAGAAAAUUUGUGUUAUCAGAACGGGAAGGCGCACUGAAGUACUUCAACAAAAAUGAUGCAAAAGAACCCAAAGCAAUUAUGAAGAUUGAACAUUUAAAUGCGACUUUCCAACCUUCAAAAAUAGGGAACCCACAUGGACUACAAAUCACUUACUUGAAGGACAACAGCACAAGGAAUAUCUUUGUCUAUCAUGAAGAUGGCAAGGAAACAGUGGAUUGGUUCAAUGCCAUCCGUGCAGCACGGUUCCAUUAUUUACAAGUGGCGUUCCCUGGAGCUAGCGAUGUCGAUCUGGUGCCAAAGCUUUCUAGGAACUACUUGAAGGAAGGUUACAUGGAAAAGACUGGGCCAAAGCAAACGGAAGGUUUCAAGAAGCGAUGGUUCACCAUGGACGACCGAAGGCUGAUGUAUUUCAAAGAUCCUCUGGAUGCCUUUGCUAGAGGGGAAGUAUUUAUUGGGAGCAAGGAAAACAGUUACAAGGUCCUGGAAGGACUCCCACCAUCCACCCAGGGAAAUCACUGGCAGUAUGGGAUAACCAUUGUGACCCCAGACAGAAAAUUUCUCUUUGCUUGUGAGACAGAAAGUGAUCAGCAAGAAUGGAUUACAGCUUUUCAGAAAGUCAUAAGCAGGCCAAUGCUGCCUCAGGAAUAUGCAGUGGAAGCCCAUUUCAAGCAUAAACCUUAGCUGGGACUGUCGGAGCAGACCCAAGGAACGAGAUUAUGUUUACAACACAAGAUGGUUUUAUUUGAAAUGAUUAAAAAAUAAUAAAAGAAAAUUAGAAAAAAGUCCUUCACUUAAUCCUGUUGGAAGCCAAGAAGUCAGCGGCAAACGUCACAUAGAAGCUGCUGAGCCAUAGCAAAACCAAACCUUGCACUUCUCUAGGUAGGCGCUGUGGGACUCUUGUUUAUAGCACUACCUAAUGCUCAUCCAUAGGCUACACUUCCAUGUGCCACCAUUUUGUGUAUCUCACUACAUUAGGUAAAGAAUUACCACAAAUACCUGAGCAUGUUGUCAACAUAAUAGAUUCUGAAUGGUGUGCACCAGGAUGCCCCUGGGUCUGUGCUAACUUGUAAUAAUAACACAACCCAGUCCAGAGUGGUCCAGAAUGCUUUGUGAAACAAAUUUGGCUGUAUUCCGUAAGUAGCAUUUUCACAGGGUAUUGAUGAUUGACUUGAAAACAUUAAUGGCACAUCCCAAAGAUAUGGUGUGCUUGACAGUCUGCAAACAUGGGCAAUGGCUAGAAAUAACUGAUGCAAAACAUCCUGUGGAAUAUGGAAAUGAGCAAUUUAGCUCUUGAUGAGAAGGGAAGAAAAAGCGCUUCAUAUUGUAUCUCAUAUAUAUAGACCUCUUCAAAAAACAGUUAUACUAAUGACAACUGGGUUUUGGCUACCUGCCUUUUAUCUUCUGUAAUGAUUCAGUAGUUUAGAUCAGGAAUGGUUCUAAUUUGGUCCUAGUUUUUCAGAUCUGAACUUUCCCGACAUUCUGGAGAGUCUGGACCUGGUAUUGUCACAGGGGCAAAUUUGUGAAGUUCUCAUUCGACUCUGAAGUCUCUCAAAGUUCACAUCUCUGGCCUUGCUCUCAGUCUCUAGUUUAGACACAUUAGUCUUUGGGAUACCUUCUCCUGGCAGGGCCAGGGUAUUCGAAUCCAGCAGGGUUUUCCCUGAUGAACUCACUGUCCCAGCUCUCUUUUUACGAAGCCUUUUCUCAUCUCCCAAGAGAUCAUUAAGUCCUAACAAAAUAUAGAGCACAAGCUUAAAACACAGAGUACACAACUCCAUUGUCUUUAAGUGAAGGGAAUGAUGAAUUAUGAAUUAUAAGCAGAUAGGGGAGUUUGAUGUUAACAGUGACAUGUCAGAAAGCAGCAUAAUAUGCUCUGUGGUGUGGAUGGUGCAAAUGCUUUAAAAAGCAAGUAACAUAAAUACUGCUCUUUAGGUGCUUAAAUUAAGGGUCCCAAUGGUAAAUUGCCUCUGUGUUAUUCCAUACAGACCGUGUAUACUGGACAGGGUCUCAGAUGCUUCCUUUUUUAUUCUGUUUGGUGAUGAAGUGACUAAAUGUUUUGCUUUUGUUCCAAGUGUGAUGAUGAGGAAAUGAUUUGCCAAGAAAUGGUAUUGACUCCAGAGCAUUCUCCUCACACCACAGUGUGGCUCACUGUUGCAUAAAGUAUCACUCCAAGCAAAGAGCUUUCACUGACAUCCAGGAUGCUGACAUCAGGGCUUGUCUACACUACCCGCCGGAUUGGCUGGCGGUGAUUGAUCCAGUGGGGGGUUGAUUUAUCAUGUCUAGUCUAGAUGCGAUAAAUCGAUCCCUGAGCGCGCUCCCGUUGAUUCCUGUCCUCCACCGCCGUGAGAGGUGCAGGAGGAGUCAACGGGGGAGCGGCAGCAGUUGACUCACCGCAGUGAAGACACCGCGGU